UGCGGCGGCCCAGGGGAGCGGCUGCCGGGACGCCGCCGGGCGGGCAUGGGUUGGAAUCGGAGCCUGAACCCCGACCUGACAACAACCAGCAUCAUGUGGUUACUAAUUUUAACUGCUCUUCAUUCACCUAUUGAUGCCUCCCAGAAAAAAACGCCGCCAGCCUUCCCAGAAAGCCCAGCUGCUAUUCCAAGAACCACCACUGGAGGGCCCCAAACACCAUUAUGGCUCUCCCCAGCUUACCAUCACCCACACUAGACAGGUGCCCAGCAAGCCCAUUGACCAUAACACCGUCACUUCCUGGGUAUCACCUCAGUUUGAUACGACAGCAGAAAGCUCGUUCCCUGUGAACCAGAAAUGUCAUCAUCGAAACCAGGCAAGACAUGCAAGUCGAAAAUCUACCGCCUCCAAGUUCCCACAUCUAACAUUUGACAGUCCACUGUCUUCCUCCUGUUCAGCCACACUUGGGAUCCCCUUAAGCAGGGAAUGCCCCGGUCAAUCAGAAAAGCGCAUUUCCGGAAGGCCCUUAGUUCCAAUGCUCAGUCCUCAAAGCUGUGGGGAAGUGUCAGUACAUACGCUUCAAAACUUACCUUAUGUAUUCAUUCCCCCUGAUAUCCAGACCCCAGAGUCAUCGUUUGUGAAGGAGGGGCCCAUUCCCCCAGAUCAGAGGGAAAGUAGCCUUCCGAGCUGCUCCUUCCACGCUAGUACUCCCAACAGCCCAGAGCCUGGGCCUGUUCUAGUUGAAGACACUCCCGAGGAGAAGUAUGGGAUCAAGGUCACAUGGAGGAAACGAUGCCACUUGUUUACUUACCUCAGGGAGAGAGGGAAGCUGAACAAAAACCAGUUCCUUGUGAAAAACUCACUGGAUUUCUCCGACACCAGCAGUCUCAAGAAAUUUUCAUAAAGUUGCUAAAGUACUUUUCUGGCUCACAGGAGAGUACAUCAGGAGAAUAAAAUGGAAAUAAUACCAAUAACCUCAAUAGAAAAAAAGAUGUUUUAACUAGAACCUUGGAGUCAUAAGGGAAUUCAGUUCCCAGAUUUGCUUUUUAAGAUGUCUUUUCCUAAAAAAUUUUUAUUGUCAUAAACAGUUCAUAUUUUUCUUAACAUUAACUGUCUAAAAUUUUAAAGUAUCUUACAGUAACUUUUAAAAUGUAUGUAAAUAAAUGGU